AAAUUGCUUCCACUUGGGAAACACAUAUCUGCAGACAUCUCGCUGGGACAAAAAGAAAGAAAGAAAAAAACCUUCCACAGUCAAUCAAAGAAGCAAAAACAAAACAAAAAACAAAAGAGAGAGAGAGAGAGAGAGGGAGAGAGAGAGCAGGGGUCCAGGAGGAGAUUUGCAUGGACACCCUCUCCCCGGGCCCGCAGAGAGAGAGGUCCAGGUCUGCAGACGUCACUGGUCGAGGAUCUUUGCUUUCUCUCCACCUCUCGGUGGAGGAAUACAAGUUUAUCAUCCAGCCAGGGACGGGACGGUCUCUUCUGCCGCUCCUCUCCUCCGUCUGUCGGCUUGCACUGGGCCACUUCUCCUGUAUGGUGGACAUCCUGCUCAAUACUUCUUUCUUGGAUGAUAUGGGGGAUCAUUCAAAAAAGAAGUCGGGAAUCGCAAUGUGUGUGGGCUGUGGAAGUCAGAUACACGACCAGUACAUCCUGAGAGUCUCCCCGGACCUGGAGUGGCAUGCAGCCUGCCUCAAGUGUGCAGAGUGCAGCCAGUAUCUGGACGAGACCUGCACUUGCUUCGUCCGAGACGGAAAGACUUACUGUAAAAGAGAUUAUGCGAGAUUAUUUGGCAUCAAAUGUGCGAAGUGUAACAUGGGCUUCUGCAGCAGCGACCUGGUGAUGAGAGCCCGGGACAACGUGUAUCACAUGGAGUGUUUUCGGUGCUCGGUUUGCAGCCGACACCUCCUGCCCGGGGACGAGUUCUCACUGCGGGACGAUGAACUGCUGUGUCGGGCGGAUCACGGCUUGUUGGCGGAGCGGGCCUCUGCAGGGAGCCCGCUGAGCCCCGGGAACAUCCACAGCAGACCGCUGCACAUCUCAGACACACUUUCGGUCCGGCAUCCACCCCAUCACCGAAACCACGUCCACAAGCAGUCCGAGAAGACCACCCGGGUCCGGACCGUGCUGAACGAGAAGCAGCUCCACACCCUGCGGACCUGCUACAACGCCAACCCGCGACCGGACGCUCUGAUGAAGGAGCAGCUGGUGGAGAUGACCGGCCUGAGUCCCAGGGUGAUCCGCGUCUGGUUUCAGAACAAGCGCUGCAAAGACAAGAAGAGGUCGAUCAUGAUGAAGCAGCUUCAGCAGCAGCAACACAGCGACAAACCCAAUCUGCAGGGCCUGACAGGCACAGCUCUGGUGGCAGGCAGUCCAAUCCGGCACGACAACACCGUGCAAGGGAAUCCUGUGGAGGUGCAAACCUACCAGCCACCUUGGAAAACCCUCAGCGACUUCGCCCUGCAGAGCGACCUGGACCAGCCCGCCUUCCAACAACUGGUGUCCUUCUCUGAAUCGGGCUCUCUGGGCAACUCCUCGGGCAGUGAUGUGACCUCUCUGUCGUCGCAGCUACCGGACACCCCGAACAGUAUGGUGCCGAGUCCCAUCGACACGUGAGGAGGCCUCGUGGUCAGCCGGAGCCCCCAACCCCCCUGCCGCCAGUCCAGAGCGCGCACCCGCCUUCUCUGCAGGGGGACGCGCAGAGACCUCAGUGACACUCAAUGAAGAAGAGCGAACAAAAUUGUACCAGGAUGGAUUAUGCUCGAGGAUACGUUCAGGUGUCGACUGAAGGAUUGGAGAUCUGACUGUUUCUCACCGCCUUGCUCAAGGACACUUCGGCGGGACAAACAGCUCCUGAUGGACAUUCUGGGCUUCUGCUUGCCAUGAUGAAAAUGGACUGGAUUGGCCAUAAUGUGGUGAAUAUGUUAUGGGAUUCAAACACGCGAGCCUAUUGGACGCCUGAACGUUAAUGCUUACAGUUAUGUUUAUCAGGAAAAAAAACACACACACACUACAAACUGUGUAGAUAGAUGUGCAUGAUUUGUAAGUUUCACUAUCGACCCUUGUAAAUGAAUGAAACUGAUGAUAUGCGCCUUGUUUGCGUUUUCUCCUAAAAUAAGUUAUUAUUAUUUAUUAUGCGGACAGACAUAGCCGAUCUUAUCAAUAAAACAA